AUGUCCACAAUCCUGGGAGAUGUCCGUCCAAGCCAAGUAAAAAUCUACGCGUCUCCGGAGGCUGACGUCAGGGAAGACCAACCUCUUGACUAUCUGGUGAAGGUCAACGGCUAUGGGAUGAGCGAGCAUUACCCGCUCGUCGUGAGGAUAGCACCUACAGGCUUCCCGGGGGAUUCUACUGGUUUGGCGCGCGAACUGCGUCACAUGCUGAAGCGCGAGCAGUUGCUGGAGGGAGUCUACGAUUCGUUCCGGAAAACCCCCAUUACUCUCUUGGCAUCUCCAAGAGUUUCGGGGAAGACGACGUUACUAAGAUCAUUUGCUCGCCGAUACCCUGGUGUCAAUUGCAUCUACGUAUCGUUUCUUCACGAUUCGCCAGCGACCGAGCUGCUGUUGACGUGUGGGAUCGACUUCGUUCAGAGGGUAUCACGUCUCAGUGUUGAGGAAACCCAUGUUAUCAUGAUCGAUGAUGCCCAAGCUCAGUACGACGACAAAGCCUUCUGGGAUUUGUUUGCCCGCACCACCAUUUCGUGGUUGCCAGACAACGCCCGCUUUAUUAUCUCGGCAACGUACGCAAUGGAGAGUUUGGUACGACUUGGAUCGGUCCAUAUAUUUGGCCCAAGCAAUUUCAUGCUGAGUGACGAAGAAGCACGAGCGUUUUUGGAGUCGCCAACUCAUGGAUUGCCUAUGAAAAUGAGGGUCAACCGAAGCGAUUUCGUUGAUGUGGUGGUCCGCGAGUGCGAUGGUCUCGUCGGUGCACUGAAAGAGUCUGUUGAUGCUAUGGUAAGCUAUUUUGCCAAGACCAGACGCCCCUCUGAAGUCGAGCUUAUGGAGUACCAUUUGUCCACGGAAUUUCUUGAGCAAGUGACGCAGUGUUUUGGAGGUAGCGAUGCACCCCAUAUCAGCGUGCAGAAGCGGGAAUUUCUGGCUAAGUGUCUCGCCAUCAUCGAGGAACUAAAAGAGUAUGGAGUUCUUGUCCAAGAACAUGACAAAGUUGUGCGAUUCUCUUCUCCGUUGGUGUAUUACACCAGGAAGCUGUUCUCAAAUCGUGCUGGAUCCAGUCCAGGCUCGCUGGUCGACCUCGUCGUCAAGGUUGUCGAAAGCAUGUCUGCGUCUGUGUUGCGAGACAGUGUUGUUGGAGCUGACACUUUCCCAAAAGAAGCAACGUUCCAGCACAUGGUGAUGGAGGGCCUCGCUCUCAACACAGAAUAUACAACCGCGAUCUGUCCCGAGUUGUCGAGAAUUUUCCCGUCGCCGGGCCAGCCUACUCGUGGCUACAUCGAUGGUGAAAUCGGUUUCUUUUUCCACAUACCUCGUCGUGAGGCUACCAGCCACAGAUGGGGAAUUGAACUGCUCGUCAAAGGCCGCGAAAUCACAGAACACCUCGCGCGCUUCCGUCGUAACGGAAAAUAUGCUCCACUUGUAAUGACGGAUUACGCCGUAAUUGAUUUUCGUGGAAACGAGACUGGGAUUCCGACGGCGAUCGAGCUCAAUAAAAAGCGCAUCACGGUGUUUUUCAAGCUGGGGGAUUUCUCUACGUGCCGUUGCUUGGUUGGUCUGAGGCGUGUGCGUGAAGGGGGUUUCAUGGUCGACAAGCCUGCACGUGAAUAUACUAUCACGUUGGCGAACUAG